AUGCUUGAUGAACAAUUGAUACAUGAUAGGAGUAAACUAGCUGUACUCUACUUCAAAUCGGGUGAUUAUGUCAAAGCCUUGAGCAUCUACGACAAGUUAAUAUACCAAGUUCGACAAUUUUCCAGCCAGGAUAUUAAAGCAAUACGAGCCCAAUAUGGAUUGAAAGAGAUACCAGAAGUUGGGAAACUAAUACACCCAAAACUUACAACUUACCUUGAUCAGAGAGCAGCAACAUUGGAAAAACUAGAAAAGUACGAUCUGGCAUUAAGGGACUCAAUAAGACUGAUUGAAUUAGAUCCUUCCGAUUACAAGGGAUACUUGAGAAUUGGAAAGUUGCAUAUGAUGGAAGGAAACAAGUACGAGGCUUAUAAGACUUAUCAAAGGGGACUUUACGUUAUUGAGAGUUUGAUCAAGAAAGGGACGCAUACGGCGAAUGCUAAAUUAUAUGAUAAAUUGAAAGAGCAGUAUAGACUAUUGAAUCAAGAAUUGAAAGCAGAAAGAAAGGCAUCUGAUGCUUUGCAAAGUGCUAGCGCUAGUGCUAGCACCAGUAGACUUGGAUCUACCAAGUCGCAUACCCCGGUAAAGAAGAGGAGAGUAACCAGAGACAUAGAUCCUACAAACUACCUCCCUUUGGAAUGCUUGAACCUUAUAUUUCAUCACCUAUCCCCACAGACUAUUUAUAAAUGUCGAAUGGUUUCCAAAUCAUGGUACAGUGCAUUGAUGCAACUAAAAUUAUACCACUUUGAUUGCAAACCAAUCAUCACGUUAGAUGAGUUUACCCAAGGUGUUAAAUUCUUCAAAAAGAAUGCAUCGCAUACAUAUUCUAAACAAAUCAAGAGGCUCAAAAUUAAUCAAGUGUACAAUAAGAAACUUCCCCAUGUAUUGUCCGUUUUAAUCAAAGAGCCACAAUUUCCAAUACAAUCUUUUGAAGUGAUGGAUCCCAUGAUGAAUUUGCAAUUGAUUUAUGCGCUGAUGGCCAAGUAUUCCUGGAAGUUGAAUAAUUUCCACCAUUUACAAUCGUUGUCACUUGGAAUCAAUUGUAGCAUCAAGUAUCCCCAGCUACUAUUGAAUAUGUUUCCCCAAUUGAAGCAUUUAAAGAUUUGUAUAAUGAUACCUGAUCGAAGUGUUAUGAACAUGGUGCCAUUACAAGAUAAGGUGUUUAAGAAAUUCAAACUGUUGAGAAUGGAUUCAUACAAAUUGGAAACAUUGUUUUUGGUCAAUCAUGUGAAAUUGUUAACCAGUGAGUCAAUGACUAUAUCCCCAACCACGUACAAUCCAUGCCCUGUUUUACUCGAUUACAACUUUCCAAAUUUGACUGAAUUGACCAUGUGUUCCUUCAAUUUCAGCAACCAUUUACCUACGUUUGGCGAGUUCUUAACUCGGCAUAGCAACAUUACCAAAUUAUACCUUGAAAAUAAUCCUGGCUUGAAUCUACUCAUAUUUUUGCAAAUCUUACUCAAUUAUAAACCUGGAUUUCAAUUGACUCAUUUUACAUUUCGAGAACAUGGAGUGGCUUCCACCAUGUCAUUACAAGAGAUUUAUUUCCCUUAUAUUACCCAAUUUUCCCACAUGGAGCAAUUGGACUUGUACAAGACUUGUCUUUCAGUCAUUGGAUUGGAGAAAAUUUUAACCACCUGCGGUAAAUCGCUCAAAUAUCUCAAUUUAGGUUGCCCAACGUAUUUAUCAUUUCAUAUCCCGGGUAGGAAACAGCUUGAAUUAAACAAAAUUCUAUCUGUGUGUCCUGAGCUACUGCAUUUAUUGUUGCCGGAUAUGAAUAUAGAUACAGUAUCAAUGAUGAAUAUAAUAAAACAACUUCAAUCGAUUCAACAACCAGUGGGAUUACAUUAUUUGGACCUCGGCUUUAAUCAAUUUGAUGGGGUCGAUUUGAUGCGAUUAUUGGGUACGGGGUUGCGGCUAGAUACAUUGGAUGUAAAUGGGUUGAGUAUCUCUGAGGAUACCUUAGUCUAUAUCAAACGAAAGGGUUUUGUGCAAAAUAUCUUGUUUGAUCAAAGAAAGACGAAAUGGAAAGUGUAUGGUGUUAAUACCUGGCUACAACAGUAG